GGGCUGAGGCAUUGCAAGCAAAGCAGCUAGCAAACGCACGUCGUAGCUCUAGCUUAACUAAGCUAACCCAGCCAGGUAGCCAGCCAUGAACAUGAACUACGGCUCCAUGGGUCCUGGCGCGAUGGUGCGGUGCAGGCAGUGCAGCUCGAGCAUCACGGCGAUGCCCGGCGCCCGCGCCGUGCAGUGCAUGCAGUGCAGCUGCGUCACCCGCGUCAGCGGGCGUGGCCGGCAGCAGCACGGCUACGGCCAGGGUUACGGGAACGGCGGCGGGAUGCUGAUGCCGCCGAUGCGUCCCACCCCGGCCUUCGGCGGCGGCCGCGGCAAGAAGCGCGCCGUGCUGAUCGGGAUCAAGUACACCAACCGGCGCUCCUGCGAGCUGCGGGGCCCCAUCAACGACGUCAAGUGCAUGCGCUACCUGCUCACCGAGCGCUUCGGCUUCCCCAACGACUGCGUCCUCAUCCUCACCGAUGAGGAGAGGAACCCGUGCAGGCAGCCGACUAAGGACAACAUCCGCAUGGCGAUGCACUGGCUGGUGCAGGGGUGCAGCUACGGCGACUCCCUGGUAUUCCAGUUCUCCGGCCUGGGCGCGCAGGUCCCCGACGACGACGGCGACGAGCUGGACGGCAUGGACGAGGCCCUCUGCCCCGUGGACUCGUUCCAGCAGGGCCCCAUCCUGGACGACGAGAUCAACGAGGCCAUCGUCCGCCCGCUGGUGCACGGCGUCAAGCUCCACGCCAUCGUCGACGCCUGCCACAGCGCCACCGUCCUCGACCUCCCCUACCAAUGCACCGUGUCCAAGCAGACCGGGCGCUGGAGGUGGAGGGACGAGCGCCCUAUGACCGGCGCCUGCAAGGGCACCAGCGGAGGCCAGGCCGUGCUCAUCAGUGGCAGCAGCAACGGAAAGAGCAACAUGAGCGUGCUGCCUGAGCCCUACGCCACGAUCGGCGCCAUGACGCACAGCUUCAUCCGAGCGGUGGAGUGCGAGCCGCGCACCACCUACGGCCGCCUGCUCACCUCCAUGAGGGCCAUCAUGCGCGACAGCGGCGGCAACUGCAACCUGCAAGGCCCCAUCGGCGGCUCCAUCCACAAGGUCGCAAACUUCAGCGGCGUGGAGGAGCCUCAGCUGUCCUCUGCCUACAAGUUUGACAUCGAGCGCGAGCCGUUCUGCAUGUAGAACCUGACCCGAUCCGCGGGCUCGUCGUCGCUGCACCGCAGGCUACUGCAGUCGACGAUUAAUUACCACCGAAUCAUGCAUCGACCGUACUGAAUAAUGGGCCGGUUAAUUAACUAUGAUGCUUGCUACUAGUAUGUGUGACGAUGUAUCACCUCACCUGUUGCCAUGCCAUCAAGAAUGAGCACUGCAUAUAGCUCAUACAAGGCUCUCGAGGACCUCGUUCUCCACUGUACUGUACUGUAAAUCACUGUAACAUGGCCGUUGUGUGUCGUGUCGUCCCCUUAAAUAAAUCAAGUUCUAUGUA